ACCCGAGCAGGGCGCGGGCCAGGUGGCCGCGCCGGGGCUGGGCUGCGCGGAGGAGGCGGCCUCCCUGGCCAGGGGCGGCGGCAGGGGCGGCCCCGGGAUCACAUGGGCGGAGGCAGGUCCUGGAGCCCCGGGCGGGCUCUCCCCAGAGUCGGGCAGACGGCGGCAGCGGCGGCGGCGGCAGCGGCGGUGUCUCCUCACCCUCCCUCCUUCCCUUCCCUUCCCUUCCAUCCCGGGUCUCGCCGCCCAGCCCGACGGGUGAGCGGGAGCCAGCGCCUGGCCCGCGGGUACUUUGGCCUCGGAGCGUAGAAGGCGCCAGAACUGGGAGAGCGGGCCGACGGGCUGGGCACCUCCCCGCGGCCCGGGGCGCGGAGUCCACCGGCCGGCUCAAAGAUAUGGCACUGACGGUGGAUGUGGUGGGGCCAGGGCCCUGGGGCUUCCGGAUCACUGGGGGCAGGGAUUUCCACACGCCCAUCAUGGUGACCAAGGUCACUGAGAGGGGCAAGGCUGAAGCUGCCGACCUCCGGCCUGGUGACAUUAUCCUGGCCAUCAACGGGGAGAGUGCCGAGGGUAUGCUUCAUGCUGAGGCCCAGAGCAAGAUCCGCCAGAGCCCCUCACCCCUGCGGCUGCAGCUAGACCGGUCCCAGGCUGCUUCCCCGGGGCCGACCAAUGGGGACAGCUCUGUGGAAGUGCUGGCGACUCGUUUCCAGCCCUUCUCUCCACAGGGCUCCGUGAGGACGCACAUGGGCAGCCAGUCCUCCCUGCGGUCUUCCUGCUCCAGCCCCACAUCCUCCAGCCCCCAGCCAGGCAGCCCCUUCUCUACCCUGCCCCCCAGCAGCCCGCAUGCCCUCCCCGGAGAGGCCGUGGUCAGCCGCAGUUUCCAGAGCCUGGCACACUCCCCGGGACCCACUGCUGCUGACCGCUUCUCCUACGGGGGCCGCCCCAGAAGCCGCCAGGCCAGCCUCACCCAUGCCGGCGACUCGGUGGUGCGGGUGCUGCUGCUUUCCCCGGGGCCCCCUUUCUCCAGCCCCAGGCUCAGCAUGGACUUGGAAGGGGGAAGCCGCCUUCUGGAAGAGGACUCAGAAGUCUACAAGAUGCUGCAGGAGAAUCGCGAGGCACGGGUCGCCCCCCGGCAGUCCAGCUCCUUUUGGCUCUUGCAGGAAGCCCUGGAGGCUGAGGAGAGAGGUGGCACACUGGCCUUCCUGCCCAGCCAGCUGAGCCCCCAGUCCUCCCUGCCCACCGCCAGGGCCCCGGCCACCCCACCCAAGCUCCACACGUGUGAGAAGUGCAGCGCCAGCAUUGUGGACCAUGCCGUGCGUAUCCAGGAGGGCCGCUACCGCCACCCGGGCUGCUACACCUGCUCGGACUGCGGGCUCAACCUGAAGAUGCGCGGGCACUUCUGGGUGGGGGACGAGCUGUACUGUGAGAAGCAUGCCCGCCAGCGCUACUCCUCACCACCCACUCGGCUCCCAGGCCUGAGCACCUGGCCGCGCUCUCAGCCCGCCCUCGACUCUGUGGGCACCUCUGUGCCAGGGCCAUGCCAAUAGCAAGUUGGCGUGGAAGGGUGGUGGUGGGGCCCCUUCCUCCACACUAGGUGCGGCCAGGGCCUGGGGCCUGUCCUGGGCUGUGCGUGAGGACAGCCUCGCCACUUCCCCCUGCAGGACAGGCGGUGCCCCGAAGUCCGAGGUGGGCACUGCAUCGGAUAUCUUUGUGCAACAGGGGUUAAGCAGAUUGGGACACAGAGAGAAAUAUGUAGAAAGAGAGGGGUGGUCAGAGGUGAAAGAUAUUCACUUUGUAAAGUUUUCAACAUAUGAGCUCUAUAAAUACAUAUACAUGGACAAAACAAA